AUUUCGGAAGAUGCGGAACGAUUUUACAGGACCUAUUAAGCUUUAAGUGUAACAUUUCCACCCAUCAAGCCAUAAAGAAUAAUCCGUGAAAACGCUGCACUGGCAAUUCCACCAUGGAUGACGAGGAAGGAUCAUCCAGUUCCGGACCCAUGUCUUCUCUCAACAGUCUCUUCUCCUUCACAAGUCCCGCAGUGAAAAAACUCCUUGGCUGGAAGCAGGGCGACGAGGAAGAGAAAUGGGCCGAAAAGGCAGUAGAUUCGCUGGUGAAGAAACUGAAAAAAAGAAAAGGAGCAAUUGAGGAACUUGAGCGUGCUCUGAGUUGUCCCGGCACACCAAGCAAAUGCGUCACAAUUCCUAGGAGUUUGGACGGCAGAUUGCAGGUCUCACAUCGCAAGGGAUUGCCCCACGUGAUUUACUGUCGUGUCUGGCGAUGGCCGGAUCUACAGUCCCAUCACGAGUUAAAACCUCUUGAACUCUGCCAGUAUCCCUUCUCAGCGAAGCAGAAAGAAGUCUGCAUCAAUCCCUACCACUACAAAAGAGUCGAGAGUCCAGUCCUGCCUCCAGUUUUAGUCCCCAGGCAUUCGGAAUUCGCACCAGGUCAUUCACUGUUGCCUUUUCAACAGCUGCCUGAGCCUACGAUGCCUCACAAUGUGACUUAUUCGACAAGUGGAUUCAAUGCCGGAUCGGGAGGUGUCAAUCCCACUUCGCCGAUAUCUUCUGUUGGUUCAGUUCCAAGUCCAGGAAGCACCAAUAAUCCACAAAGUCCUUAUGGGACCAAUGGACUACCGGAAACGCCGCCACCUGCCUAUUCUCCACCUGAAGACGGCUCUCAACAUGGACAAUCUCCUCCACCAGAUCCGGCAGCGAUGGACACUGGUGGCUCAACAGCUGUCGCUCCAGUUUGCUACCAGGAACAACCCUACUGGGCCUCGAUUGCUUACUACGAGCUGAAUUGCCGAGUUGGCGAGAUUUUCCAUUGUCAGAGUCACUCGGUGAUUGUUGAUGGGUUUACUAAUCCGAGCAAUAAUUCGGAUAGAUUCUGUCUCGGCCAGUUGUCGAAUGUCAACAGGAACUCGACAAUUGAGAAUACGAGGAGACACAUAGGAAAGGGGGUGCACUUGUAUUAUGUCGGGGGAGAGGUUUAUGCUGAGUGCCUCUCGGACUCGGCUAUCUUUGUCCAAUCGAGAAACUGCAAUCACUUCCAUGGAUUCCAUCCUAGUACGGUGUGCAAGAUUCCUCCUGGUUGUUCGCUGAAGAUUUUUAAUAAUCAGGAGUUUGCUUCCCUGCUGUCCCAGAGUGUCAAUCAUGGAUUUGAAGCGGUUUACGAGCUGACGAAAAUGUGCACAAUCAGAAUGUCAUUUGUGAAAGGCUGGGGUGCAGAAUACCAUCGACAAGACGUUACUUCAACUCCUUGUUGGAUUGAAGCCCAUCUCCAUGGACCGUUGCAGUGGUUGGACAAAGUUCUCACCCAAAUGGGAUCUCCUCACAACGCCAUAAGUUCCAUGUCGUAAGGAGAUGAGCCAGCCAACCCAACGUAAGAAAAUAAAAUACAACUCCAACUCUUCAUAAACACAUAAAACGCUCGAAGCAAAUUCGAGACUUUCCUUAAGCAAGAUAUUACUCCAGAUAUUCUUUGAAAACUGACAAUCUUGAGAAUCAGUUGCAAAUGCGAUAUAAACUUAUAUUUGAAAAGAACAAAAGUCUUGAGUGCAAAUACAAUAAAAUUAAUCUACAAUAAAGAAGAUAUUAUUAAGUAAAAAAUAUACUGAGAGAUGUCUAGAGGGAUUAUUUUACGCCUCAGAGUAAGCUGUACAGUUUUAGAUUAUUUCUAUAUUCUAUAAGAGAAUGUUUUAAUGGCGAAAGAUCAAAGCUCGAUACUUUCGUCUAAAUGUGCUGCGUGUCUAAGAAUGUAUUAUAACGCAAAUUUUUAGCGUUGAUUGUAAAUGUCUCGUUAGCUAAGUAAAUUGAAGAAAAAAAAAGAGUGCAGCCUCGAAACUUUAAUGAAAGACACUGAAUCAAAAUUAGUCAAGAAUAGAAAUUAAAAAUAGAGAAAGUGUAGCUAAUAAAAUGUCAAAAAAAUUUGAAAGUUCUUCAAGUAUUAAGUAGUCUUGAUUACCAAUCAGCGUCGCACUUUCAUUUACAGAAUGAAGUUGACAUGCGAUGCGUUAUGAUAGAAUGCAAUGAAAGAUUUUAAUGAACCUGACAAUGAGAAGCACAAUUGUGAUUUGUUUUUGAAUGGCUCUGCUCUUGUCAGUUUUUUCUUAUACGUCUGAAGAAUUUAGAAAAAAGUGUAUAAAAUAUAUAAUUUUGAGAGUGAUCUAUUGGCUAGCAGUAUUCGAAAAAUGUCGCUUUUCUUCUCGUUGGCCAAAUGUUGAAUAACCAAGUAGCCUUUACAGAACCUUAUAGGCUAAUUAGUAAAAUUUUUACAAAGUUUUAGCUAUUUACUAUCGAAUAUUUGAUUGAGAUCAAAUAUUAUUGACCAAUUUUAUAUGAUGGCAUGGAACUGUGGGGAAAAAUAUGACACGUAUUUUUUUUAACAAAAACUUUUUCUUGAACUUAGAGGUACUUGAAAAAAUUAACGAAAUUUAUCUUUAAGCAUUUUUUUUAUCUUGGGAAAUAAUUGACCGAAUUUAAUUUGCUAUGCAAAAGAUUAUAGCGCAAUAUGCACCUUUUGAAUCAAUUUAAAUAAACUGAGAUUUUGUAAAUUACCAAAAUGUCGUAGAUUAAAAAAAAAGCUAAAAAUUGAUUUUUUUCCAAAAAGCCAUCUAAGUUUUUGUUCAUUUUUUUGUUCAUAGUAAUAUGAGCGAGAUUCCUUGUGGGUUUCGUUCUCGCGAAAUUUUUCCUUCAUAUUGGGAAUGGUGGUCUACCAUUUCGCCACAUGAUGUCGAAAAAUUGAAGUAGAAAGAGUAGGUGCAAUUUUAAACAUGUAUUUUAAUUUUUGAAUAAAUGUGUUUUUACGAUUGUUUUGUGAAAUAUAAAAAAAAUGAU